GUGGUAACAACGGCCAGACCUCAGCAUGGUGUCGUAUAGAUGAGGCUCCAUCCUCGUGCGUUCCAGUGGCUAGCGUACUGAUUGCAUACCUCGGGAGGCAGGGACCAACUGGCACCGUCGCCAUCAUUGGAACAGAUUUCACAGUAUCUGGCCUUGCGUGUGUGUGUGUGUGUGUGUGUGCCAUCUGAAGAAGUUUACGUUUAACUGCUUGAUUUGUUUGUUUUCGUUUUGCCUAAGUUAUGUGAGGAGAGUUUUGUAAUAGCCGCUGCCACUUCAUAGCAAGGAGAAAGCUGUUUCUCCACACCACGCAAUAUUACUGUGAGCAGCAGACCUGGGCGCUCGCGCUGUCAGUAUCCACACCAACUCUGACUCUACAAAGAAAUGAGUGUACUGCAGUGUAAUGAAAACCAUUAGGAUUGCUCUCUGUUCUGCGGCUUGACGGUGACUGAUCAGUGUUUCAGAGACCUGCUGAUUAGUGCUAACUUUUGUUCUGCAGAAUUAACAGUGUUACACAUUGAAGGUCUGUGAUCUGUGGAUAACCAGAGAAUGUGCCAGUUGUUGAAAUUCUGACUCCUGCCUCCGUAAGUUCUGUUCGCUGAAACCAUCAAGACGAAGGGCACAUCGCCACUAUGCUGCUAACGGAAGCCAACGCCACGCCUGACCGCCCCGAGACGACGCCCUCUCCCGACGUGUUGGCGUCACCCCGGAACCUGCAGAGUCAACAGUCGUCGCUAUGGACCCGACGCCAACAGGCGGUGUGCGUCCGCCACGCGUUCAAGCAGUACGGCUCGAAACGCAACCCGAACCACGUGUUGAGCAACCUGAACAUGACCGUGGCCAAGGGCACCAUAUAUGGGCUGCUGGGAGCGAGUGGCUGCGGCAAGACAACACUGCUCAGUUGCAUUGUGGGUCGGCGCCGACUCAACACGGGAGAGAUCUAUGUGCUGGGCGGUAGGCCGGGCACCAAAGGGAGUGGGGUCCCUGGCAGGAGAGUGGGCUACAUGCCACAGGAAAUUGCGCUCUAUGGGGAGUUCUCAAUUCGAGAGACCAUGAUGUAUUUCGGCUGGAUAUUCGGCAUGGGCACAUCAGAAAUCAAUGACCGUCUGCAGUUUCUGCUCAACUUCCUUGAUUUGCCCAGUGAGAACCGACUGGUCAAGAACCUCAGUGGGGGACAGCAGAGACGUGUUUCGUUCGCUGUGGCCCUGAUGCACGACCCUGAGCUUCUGAUCCUAGACGAGCCGACGGUGGGAGUGGACCCGCUGCUUCGACAGAGCAUAUGGAACCACUUGGUGCAGAUAACGAAGGAUGGCAACAAGACAGUGAUAAUUACCACACAUUACAUAGAAGAAGCAAGACAGGCACAUACGAUUGGUCUGAUGCGCAGUGGUAAGUUGCUGGCAGAAGAGUCUCCUCAGGUGCUCCUGUCUAUGUAUGGUUGCCAGUCACUAGAGGAAGUGUUCCUCAAGCUGAGUCGCAAACAGGGCAGCAACUGCAACGUCACUGAGCUGAACAUUUCGAACAACGUCUCACUGGCUUCUCUGCACUGGGGUCGCAAGGAUGAGCCAGUGUACGUCACAGAUGAGAGUGGAGUCGUAGGUCUCAAUUUCCAUCAGUCUAAAGAAGUCCUCAUCACAGACUCAUCUAAUGGACUUAACCAUUAUGAGAUGAAUGGCAGAGCCCCGAAGGGGGAGAAGGGAGAUACAUCAGUCGACUGUGAUGACUGCUCUGACUGCUGCCAACUGACAACUGUCGGGAAGAUGCGGGCUCUCUUACAGAAGAACGUCCUGCGUAUGUGGAGAAAUGUGGGGGUGAUGCUCUUCAUCUUUGCACUGCCAGUGAUGCAGGUGAUUCUGUUCUGCCUUGCUAUUGGACGUGACCCAACAGGACUUCGACUUGCCAUUGUGAAUCAUGAACUGAAUCAAAGUGGACAACAGUGUGAAUACAGUACAGGCUGCAGUUUCAGGAUGCUCAGCUGCCGAUAUUUACAGAACCUUGAUAAUGAAAGUAUAGUGAAGGUUUCCUAUUCAUCACCAGAAUCCGCUCAGGAUGCCGUGAGAAGAGGGGAUGCAUGGGGAGUCCUCUACUUCACAGAGAACUUCACCGAUGCGCUAGUGGCUCGAAUGGCUCUCGGCAAGGACUCAGACGAGGAGACUCUGGACCAGAGUGAGAUCAGGGUCUGGCUUGACAUGUCCAACCAACAGAUCGGACUGAUGCUGAACCGAGAUCUGCAGUUAUCGUACCGACGUUUUGCCCAGUCAUUGUUAACAGAUUGCAAAGAGAACCCCAGAGUGGCUGAUGUUCCAAUUCAGUUCAAGGAUCCAGUGUAUGGCAGCAAUGAACCCAGCUUCACGGACUUUGUGGCCCCAGGUGUCAUUCUCACGAUUGUGUUCUUCUUGGCUGUGGCCCUGACAUCAUCAGUACUGAUUAUUGAGCGAAUGGAAGGUUUGCUGGACAGGAGCUGGGUAGCAGGAGUGACGCCGUUCGAGAUCCUGUUUUCACAUGUGAUCACACAGUUUGUGGUGAUGUGUGGGCAGACAGCGCUAGUUCUCAUAUUCAUGAUCCUGGUGUUUGGGGUUGAAUGCAAGGGCGACGUGUUCUCAGCUGUGAUCCUGACUAUUCUGCAGGGACUGUGUGGCAUGUGCUUCGGAUUCGUUAUAUCGGCAAUAUGCGAACUGGAAAGGAACGCCAUCCAGCUGGCUCUGGGAAGCUUCUACCCCACUCUACUACUCAGCGGUGUGAUCUGGCCAAUAGAGGGCAUGCCAUGCGUUCUGCGCUACAUCAGCCUUGGCCUGCCCUUGACCAUGGCAACCACAUCCCUGCGCUCAAUGCUGUCACGAGGGUGGUCCAUUGUAGAGCCCGACGUGUACAAUGGAUACAUCUCGACAAUAAUAUGGAUUGUUGUGUUCCUCAGCAUCAGCAUGCUGGUCCUCAAGUUCAAGAGAGGUUAACGCAUAAGCAUCGUGCCAAACCUUAGCACACACCUGGUGCCUCGUGUACUGUGAUCGUUGCAAACAGCUGAAGCAGGAGGAAUGAAGUUGUGUGUGUUGUGUGUUAUGUGGUGCCUCAUCAACAACUGCUCAAAUUUUUAAUGUACUGAGGGGCAUUGCGUUAUGCGAGGAAGUUAAUAGCUCAAUUUAUUAUAGUUCUGGACAGCUAACUUGAGAUUUAAUAUUUUAUUUUAUAGAAAGAUAAUAUUUUAUGUGUGACAGGCGAUUUGCAGCAGAAUUGUGGCAGGCUUCUUCUAGACCAGGUCACAUCAGCCAAGACCAUGGGUGGCAUGCUGGCCACACUUUGCAGAACGCUGCUGCUCACUAAACACGCAUCUGUCUUCUUCUUUUUGCAUCAUUUCUGUUUUAUAUGGGUCAACAGAUAGAAAUUCCCCAGUCUUGUCUUAUCUUUCCAUGAGCUUUUCUUCUUCAGCUCUUGCCAGCUCCUUCCUCACGUGUUGACGUUCUGCACUUCCUCUGUUUCUCUCAAACUUUAAAUCUAAUGCCCUUCUCAGUAUCCCUGUUCUGUCCAUUGCUUCUACAUUCUGAAAACUUCGUAAAUCUGUUAGCAUAUUCUGAAUUCCAAUCUUUUCUUCUCUAUUGUAAAAUAGGACAUAUAUCUGUCUGAAUUUGCACAUGAGCUCUGACUGACACAGGGUAAACAGACUAAAGCUGGUUCUCCUCUCAGUGUGAAACACACAUGUAAUUGCCUUUAAUGAAAUUGAAUUAAUCAUAUUUAAGUUGAUCUUUCUAAGAACAUUAAUUAAUUGAGCAGAACAAUAUGCAAAAUAUAGUCAUGAUCCAAAAUUUGCAUCCAUGCUGUUAGCUAAUAAUGCACAGUAUUUGUAUUUUCAUGUGACGUGCAAGUGACUCGGAUCAUAAUUAAAUUAUAUAAUUUGUUUCCAGGUUGAAGGGCUUAUUUACAGCAGCAGUUAUGUAUGAAAUUUAUUUCAUGAAUGCCAAGUGUUGAAAUCUUGUAAUCAAGCUCUGUGUAUUGAUUUCACCAUGUGCUAGCAGGCUAGUAAAUCUUUUGGGAUUUACUCACAUAUCUGAGUCAAAAAUAAUAUUGAAAUUCUUGUUAAAGUUUGAAAUGAAAUAUUUUAGCCGUCUGGGAUGUGAUGUGGUGUAGUUUGGUGCCAAACAUUUCUGCCUUCGAGAUGUAGGCAACAUGUUUCUCUGAAACUUCAACGGACAACAUGGUGUUAUAUCCCAGAAGGGACAGCUCUGAAAGGUUCAUACCCAUCUACCAAACUACAAGGAUACUGCUUAAUGUUCGCCUCUGAAAGAACUAAAAUUUGAAAUCAAAGUUCCUUACUGUCUGCUGCACAUGAUUUACACUGUGUGCAUGGUAAAGUGUUGUCCUGCUUAACAGAUGAUAUUUAAUAAGCAUCACUUAUCUGUAGUUAAGCAUGCCUGAACAUUAUGUUUGCUUGCACCAUGUUCUGCAGUCUGGUAACUGGGGGUACAGGUGUGUAUGUAGUGAUUCAUUGUGCCGGCCCAGUCAGACAGAGGCUGUCUGCUCGGAGAAACAGAGAGAGACAUGAGCCAUCUCUUGACAAGAACUUCCCACAUCUCUAUUUUCUGUGUCUUUUUCUUUCCUAUACAGGUGUGUUGAAUAUUUAAAGAAAUCUCUUAUGGAAUAAUAAGUUACAUAAUUUACCUAAUUAACUAUAAUCUAUAAAAUUCAUUCCCUCCCUUUUAAAAGGCUUUUGGCAUUCCAUUACAUAAAUUAAACAGUUUUUCACAAAUGUUAAAGUCCAUUUUGACCUAACUGUGUAUAAUAUAAAAAAGAAAAGUAUUUGGAACCCUAUCAUUGCCAUGCAAGGCCUCAGCAUAGUCAGUUUAGCAUUCCCACAGAAAUAAGUAAUUGUGACACAACUCAUGACUAAAUUUGACUGCUGUGUUAUAGGAAGUGUAUAAUUUGGCUCUGAGAGACUGUGAUUUUAGUUCAGAAUAUGUAAUCAUAUAGAAGGAGAAAUGAGCAGCAGGUGGAUUAUAGUUCUGUUUAAUAAUUUAAAGUUUGUGUUAGUUGCAUGAUUUCAUAAAGCAACAUUGGAUGUUGUCCAGAGCAAGACAUAUGGGUGAGUGAUGGGUUGAUACUAAAUUCUAUGUGAAGUCUUUUCGUUUUCAAACUAUGUCAUAGGUGGCAAUAACAGAGAUGUAAGUUGGGCAGUUUCAUGUGUUCUCUGAAUUCUGUGUGCAACCCCAUCUUUGCAUUAUAAAACUUGUGAUAUUUAAACUCAGCCAUAUCAGAGACCUGCACCAAGAAAGCAGCAAUCAUUAUGUCUCAUGCAGGUGACAGUAGAACCUUUCACAGCACUGAUAUGAAAUGAUGAGCUUUAUGAACGUGGAGUUAAUGUACAAUGAUUUGGAAGCUGUCUCCACCUCCAUCACUAGGAGUUGGUCUUUUGGAGAGACAGUCCAUACUGACACUGGUGAUCAUCUGAGAAAAUCUGUGCCAGUUUAAUCCAGUUCCAAAUUACUGUUCUUGGUUUUUCAUGAAUAUAAAUUUGAAAUUGCUACAGAGAUAAUAAAAACAGAUUAAUUUGCUGCAAUUAAUUUAUUGUAUAAAGUGUUAAUUCAGACAGGAAGAAAAAUAUUCAGUAACAUGUGCAUCCAUCAACAGUUUUUCUUUUAUUAUAUUGUGUUUUGCAUGUGUGUAGUUUUAUUUCUGUGAUUACACAGCUCAAAACAAAUUCACUGUUUCUGCUGCCUCAAACUGGUCUGCUGCCUCAAACUGGUCACAUCACUAGGUAGCAAUGGGCACCAUAUCUUCUGUUUGGAGGCACACACCGCUGUUGUCAUGCUCAGGUUCACACACUUGAAGCAGUGUUCCGUAGCAUUUUGUCUGCAGAACUGGGGGUAUGCACAAAAGCUGCCAAUUUAAGUGCUGUUCUAAUUUAAAACUGUCGCCGGGCUCAUAGAUUUACUAUAUUUGUUUUGAUUAUGAAACAACUGGAAAUCUUUUAUAAGUGUUUACACUGAAAUGUCUUGCAUUCUUUCUGUAAUAUGUUUUAUAAAUACUGACAUCAAAGUAAUUUGAUGUUGGUUAAAUUAAUUGAGUUUGUCUUUAAGGAAAUGCAUGUCACAAUCUCUGGUGGCAGAAACUGUAACUGCUUUACAGUUCAGACAACAAUAAAUACACACAUAUAUGAUGUCUGCAUA